UCAUUGCUGUCGACUCGUCAAGCAGCGCGGCGAAAAGGAAUUAAUCUCGGAAUUGGGGAAUUGCGGGGAGAGGAAGCGAGAGAGAAGAGGCGUUUUUUUUUAUCUUCUCAUCCAUCCUACGUGCGAUAACUUUUUUUGCUUUCUGGUUAGUUUCGAUACGCUUUUCUUCUCGUUGAUGAUUUCCUACCCUUUGAUGAGAUUGUCAUAUCCGAAGGUUAACUUUGAGCCAUUUUUUCCUGAAUUUGUAGCAUCUGAUUUGUUUCGGUUGAGAACGAGGAAUACUGUAGUUGGCAUUAUGAAUCGGUGGUGAUUUCUUCCAGUUCCUUCGGUUAAUGUUUCGAAAUUAUGCAGGAUUUGAUUUGGUCAAGAUUGUGGCUUCCUUGAAUAUUGGUAACGACUGGGCGAUAUUUGUCUGUAAGGAGGACUGAUGAUAAGAAUUGUCUAUUUCGGGUUCCGAUUGAAGGUUGCAUUAAUCAUAUAUUUGAGAUCUCCGAAGUGCGUCGGAGAGGAGAAAGAGAGGAAUUUUGUGGAGGAUAAAAGAUGAUCCUGUCAUCAGCAAUGGCAUCGUCGUUAGAUCAAUGGAUGAAAGAGUUCAAUGAAGCAUCAAGGCUUUCAGUGGAAAUUAGUGUUAUGCUUUCUGAAAGGGGCUCUUUGCCUUCACCCAGGCCAGAAUCCCAACGCCAAUUGACUGCAAUGAGAAGGAAGAUAACAAUUCUCAGGACAAGGCUGGAGAACUUGGAGUCCCUUCUCUCAAAGCUUCCUAGCUUACAGCCAAUAAAGGAUAAGGAAUUACAUAAGCGCCAGGAGAUGCUAUCAAAUUUGAAAUCUAAAGCAAAUCAGAUGGCAUCAACAUUAAACAUGUCCAACUUUGGCAACAGGGAGAACUUGCUUGGAGACAGUAAAAAGCCAGUCGACGUGGCAACAAGAGUUGCUGGGUUGGAUAAUCAGGGUAUUGUGGGUCUGCAGAGGCAGAUUAUGAGAGAGCAAGAUCAGGGUCUUGAAAAUUUGGAGGAGACUGUGUUAAGCACCAAACAUAUUGCAUUAGCAGUUAAUGAAGAGCUGGAUCUUCACACAAGAUUACUUGAUGAUCUGGACCAGCAAGUUGGUGUAACAGACUCAAAGUUACGGAGAGUUCAAAAGCAACUGGCAAUCCUCAACAAGCGAACAAAAGGUGGUUGUUCUUGCAGGUGUCUGCUCUUAUCGGUUGUUGCUAUUGUGCUCCUCAUUGUUGUCGUUUGGGCUCUCAUCAAGUACCUGUAAAAGGGCAUCGUGUAAUAAUGCCAAUUGCAAGCCAGUUGAUCAUCUCGUCUGUGAUUUGUUGCUCUGGCACUUGGUACUCCUGCCUAAAAGCGAGGUUCUUGUAUUUUAUUUUAUUUGAUGUAAAAGGGAUCGAAAAUAUGAAGCAACACAGUUUUUCCAAUAAA